UUGCGUGCUGGGAGAUGAUUGGAUAAGGGACUGAUGAGAAUGGACUAAGGACAAAGGAGUUGCGAGGCCUUCAGACUGUACCUUUUCCUUUUUCACUUCAGUACUUCCCCCUUGUGGCUUUUGUGUGUGCUUUGCCCAUACUUUCUAAGGCUGAGGAUUGUCCCAGCCGGAAAUAGAAACUCAAACCCACCCACUCAUCAACUCACCCAACCACCAUGUUCUGAUAUUUCCUCCACCACACACACACAAAUUCACACUCACAUACCAAUCAAAUUAAUGCAGAUGCAAAGCAUGUCAACCACCAUGGCUUCCUUUUCCCCUUUCCCAGCCACUCCUUCGUUGCAAUCCAAACCCCGUCUCUUCCACAAGACCAACUUUUUAUUCUCUCUCAGGUCCAGGACCCUUCCUAUCUCUCCUUUGAAGGCGGCUGCUGCUGAGAACGGUGUCGGGACUGCCGUCGAGCCGCCGCCGGAGUCUUCUCCCCCGCCGCUCGAGAACAGUUCUGUUGGAACCAAUGGGGCUGCUGCUGCUGCUGCUGUUGCGGUUCAGAGUGAGGAGGUGAAAGUUCAAAGUGGUUUCGUGGAUCCAAGAUGGGUUUCUGGAACAUGGGACUUGAAGCAGUUUCAGAAAAAUGGCACCACCGAUUGGGAUGCUGUAAUUGAUGCUGAGGCUAGAAGGAGGAAAUGGCUUGAGGAUAACCCGGAAUCAUCCAGCAAUGAAAAUCCUGUAGUUUUUGACACCUCCAUCAUACCCUGGUGGGCAUGGAUGAAAAGGUUCCAUCUCCCUGAAGCUGAACUACUCAAUGGUCGUGCUGCCAUGAUAGGAUUCUUUAUGGCAUAUCUGGUUGAUAGCUUGACAGGAGUAGGCCUAGUGGAUCAAAUGGGAAACUUCUUUUGCAAAACUCUGCUGUUCGUGGCUGUUGUCGGAGUUCUUCUGAUCCGAAAGAAUGAGGACCUUGAAAACCUUAAGAAGCUAUUGGAUGAGACUACUUUAUAUGACAAGCAAUGGCAAGCAACUUGGCAGGACGAAAAUUCAAGCACUCCAAAGAAUGAGUAGUGGAAUUGCUGUUUUGUAGUUCUCCCUCUAUAUGUCUCUUAAUACAGUUUCUAUUACUCUUUCUAGUACAAAAAAGACAUGGAUAUGAAUUAGACAUUGUAGUUCAAAUCCUUCUCUCGUCCUAGCUUCAAAUGGCCUAGAUAGUUUGUCUGUUUGCAAUGCGGGAAUUGUCUUUUUCUUAUUUCAAGAUCCCUCAACUUCCAAAAUUAAUACGACUUUGUGGCAAUUCUA